CAGCCUGAACACCCGCAUAGGUGUCCCUCUAUGCGCCUGUUCAAAAAUAGAUUUCACCGACUGGUCUGCGCUUCCUAAUUGGACGUGACGCUCGGGUUUUUAGAAGAACAACCCGAAUUGAAGGGCCCUCACCUGUAAAAGAUGAGUGUGGAAGUGGAACAAAAGUUUUUAUUCGACUCUGACACCCUGAAAGCAAUCGAGGACAUUGGUGUCUGUGUCGGCCAGAAACAAUUUCAGGAUCAGUACUUUGACACAGCAGAUUUUAAACUGACUUUACAAGACACGUGGCUGCGCCGCCGGAAACAAUCCUGGGAGCUCAAGUGUCCGACGGCGACAUUCAGUGGGACUGCGGAGCCAGGAGGAGAGCGGUCUCUGUGUACUCAGUAUAAGGAGAUCACCAAUCUGCCCGAAAUCUACCAGAGGGUGAAGGCGCUAAUAAAAGACAGUGGCGAGGAAGGGGAGAAGGAGACGACCCCCUCUGCCGAAGACGACUCCUGGCUAAGCGAGUUGGGUCUGUGCUGCUUCGCAGAGUUUACUACAACACGGAGGUCAUUCACUUUGAAAGGAGAGGAGGGGGUGCAGAUAGAUCUGGACCAAGCUGACUUUGGCUACCAUGUGGGGGAGAUAGAGGUCCUCGUACCAGAGGGGGGAAACAUGCAGUCUGCAAAAGAGAAGAUCAGACACACCGCUCAGAGGCUGGGUCUGAAUGAAGAGAGGCGAGUUGCAGGAAAAAUGACCGUUUACCUUGAAAGAUAUCGUCCAGAGCAAUAUGCAAUACUGCUGAGUGCACAUGUCUUGUAGAAACACUGUACAGUACCACCGAUCCUAAGAGUUCUUCCCUGUUCUUAAUCUUAUCUUACAGUCGUGUCAUUUUUAGAUAAAAAGGGAAUUGUAUCAAAAUGCUACAUUUUUGUUAUAGUCUCACAAUGACAAUAAAGUCUCUUGAUUCUUGUAGUUGCAGAAAUGCUGUAAAUGAAGCUGAUUCUCAGCUUUCAUAAAACAGGAGUAGCUCCAGAUGUAAGUUAUUGUAAAUGUCAUAGCCAGUGACAGCACUGUGUGAACUACUUGUAGCUCUACAAAGGCUAAUUUAUUUUUGUCUGUCAAUUGGAGAUAACAUGCCUACUACUGUGGAUGGUUAGUUACUACUGACUACUAAUGAGUGAAUCUUGAUGUAGAGCUGGUUACUAUGAUCAUUCUCUCCAAAACACUCCUGUAACAAUAGCACAGUACAUAUUAAAUAACAAAUUCUUAUCUCUUUAUUGCUGUUUAACUUAUUUUUUCUUUAAAUCUGUCCAUUUCAUUGCCGUCUGCAGCAACCUGCUUCUCUACAGUCCAUGCAAGUGAUGUUUCUACAUCUGGACUAAUAAAAACUGGGUAAUUUUCUGAUAAUCAAGUUCAUGUUAAUGCCACUCAGUUGCUUUUUAUUUUUCUGCUGCUCCCUCUUCAAUUAUUUGCACCCUUGGUAAAUAUGUGUAUGAAAGCUUUAAUAUGGUAAUGGCCUGUUCUGGACGCUGAUGACCCCAAAGAUAUAACCUUAAAGCUCUCAUUCUCCUGAUUCCUCAAAAAGUGUUCAUGAUGCUGAAGGCACAGCUUCCCUGAGCCUUUGGAAGAGAAACAGGCCCACAGCAUCCCAGAGCUUCUAUUAGGGUUAACGCUGCCUGCAUGCGUUUUUGCAAAUAUUCAUCCUUUGUUUCACACCGUGUCUACCUGGGGGGAGGGUUCGUUGCCAAAAAGUUUGUCAUAAGCCUGAUACCAUAGUAGGACUUUUCCGGACAUGCUCCCUAAACAGUCACUUCUUAAGUAGAUGGUGGUUGCUAUGGAGAUGAUGCUUAAUUCUUGUCUGCUAAAACUUAAAUUACCCCCUUCACUGUGGAUAUGGGCAAAUUUAGGUGAGGACCUACCGUCUAACACCAAUUUGUUGAUUUUUGGAGAUUGACACAUCUGCUUGACGUGAAUGGGAUGUUUCUUUGUCUUUGCCCAUUUUGUAGAGUUGCAUAGACAACCUGGGCUCUGUCUUUUAUUUAUACUUCAGAGAAACAGAGUUAACUUUAGCCUAGCCAGGCCAACUAUAAAAAUAGCGGGCAUUGACAAAAGUGCUGAACAAAAGGAAUGAAUCAUUUAAAAUAAAUAAACAUUGAAAGAGAAUAAUAUAAUUGUUCAAAGUAGAAAUAAAAUAAAUAAAAAUAAGGCGGUCAUAACUGUUUUAUAAGAAUUUUUUGGCAUGCAAUGCAGUAUCCCCUCUGAUUUUGCUGAGAUAAUUAAUUUCUUAAAAGGGACAUAUCAUGCAAAGAAUCCACUUUAGUCUUUAAAUACAUUUUGUUGUGUAUUUGGAGUCUCUAGGUGUGCAGAAGAAUUGCAUUUAGUCUGCCCAGGUGCUGCGUAGAUAGCUAUAUUCUUUUUGUCAUAUUAUAUUGAUAUAUUUUUAUCAGUAGAUAAAAAUAUAUCAAUCGUGAAUCUACCACUUCAAUCUCUGAGUGAUUUUGUAGUUGUAAUGCAGCCCACCCUCAGCAUACUGCGGGUGGGGUGUGAAGUGCUUCUUUCAAAGAUUUAAAGAGACAGCACCAAGACAAGUUGCUCUCAGACGCUACUCAGAAAAAGGGUAAAAAGGGGGAAUGUGGGGGUAAACUAACGAGCAAUUCAGACCAAAGCAUUGCAGUUCCACUUUGUAUAGACAAAAACUGAAUGACUUCAAUGUGAAAAAGAACUGAAAAAUAUGUACCCUUUACAUAUGGGAUCCUGCCCACCCCACUGCAUACACAUAUUCAAAUUAAACUGCUGCAUUUUAGUGGGCAAUAUAUAUUUGCCCACUAAAUAUAUAUUUUAUUGUUACACAUCAAAUAUCGAAACAAAAAUGUCUGCCCUAAAUAUAAACAGGAGUUUUAAAAAAAAUACAGUAUACAAUGUAUCAAAUUAUAAAGGAUUACAUAUGCAACUCUGCAAAAUGAAUUUCAGUUUGCAUCCCUGAAAGUAUUUUCCUGGUAAAUAAACAGUCCCUGAAAA